CUCGGUCUCUCCGUUCUUUCUGUUAGACUUUUAUCACAGCACCAACUCUGAUGUUUGAUGAAUUCUAUCUCAGCGAUCGCUGCAGCCUGCAGCUAAGGAGGCCAAGUUGAGGCGCACAUACAUCACAUCACAUCACUCCACCACCGCAUCCGACUUGUCCCACCUGUGGAUUUUUCCAUCUCAGCUCCUCAGUAAUCAACACACGAGGUUGCUUAGCGAUGACAUCAAUCACAAGCAAUGACAGGUGUUUUCCAACCGCGAGAGAUCCGAAGGCUCUUGACAAUCCGGGGGCCGUGAUCCGGGACGGAGCCGAACACAGUUCUGCCUACGGCCCGUGGCUGUGUUCUGGUGUGUCUCAAAGACCAAGACUCCGUUGAUCAACAAGGGAUCACAGGGAUGAAGAUCCUUCUUGACAACACUGCCAAUAAGACCACAGCGUCUAGGUCACGCCUCAUAUGAUUGAAUGCAGUUGUGGAUGCACACUCGCCAACUUUCAAAUCUGCCUUACAAGCGAACCAAUUCCUUUCAGGCUGCAGAUGGCGGAACGGGUCAAAACGAAGCAAUCGCGACCUCGUAGAAGUGGGUUCUUAAGGAUAUAAUGACCCGCCUGUCAGCCACCAUACCCUUUUUCUUUCCAUGCUGACUCCGUCAACAGGGUUAACCUCGCCGCUCUUGUCAGUCUUUUCCUGUCCCACAACGAAUUCAUAAUAACACGAAACACCAAACUUAUAUGUCCACAACCCAUACUGGAACCAUGGCUGCCGCUAAGUCGUCUAUGUUGGGCGACGAAGACGUAAAGCCCCCAACCUACGACGACACGGUCACCGACGCCAGGGCGCAACUCAACUGCGGAGAGACACCAAAGCUAUUUUUGGAUAAGACGACGAUAUUCGCCAACACAUCACCACCCCGCGCGCUGUAUGAGCUGAGCAACGUCAUCACCGAGGCCAAGUCGCCCAUUUACGGGAUCCAAAAGGUCGUUUACAGGGUCAGCCAGGCGACGGGCAGCGAUAGCGUCAGGACGAAGCUAGACCACAUCUACGACUUCACCCAAGACCCCCUCAAAGGCCUCGAGAGCUUCAAAAUGCAGAUGAAUGACGUCAUCGUCAUUCAGGGCCAGAAGAGCUCGAAGAGGACGUACAAGGAGGUGCACCUGAUGCCCGGCGUGGGCGGGUGGAAAGUCAAGGACCACUUCAAGGUCGGCGACAGCCCGGCGCACCAGCUGAAGCACGAAAACGAGGUUCACUGGAAGAACAUGAGCGGCGAGGUCGUCGCGGUCGAGACGCUGCCCAAGCGCGACAAGGCGAAAAACCUGCUGAACAUGCCGCAGUUGGAUGUCAAGGUCCCGAUGGAGGACAAAGAGCUGGAUCUGUUGGUCACGUGCUGGAUGGCUAGACUCUGGCGACAGUCUGCCGAUGAGACCAAGCAGCCGAUGACCUGGCAAGACUUCAAACAAAUUUCCAAGAUUGCGCUCAGCAACAACCGGUCAGGUGUUUGGAUGCUGGCUGGAUGAGAGUUCACAAAAGAACACCAUAUUCAGGUCAGAUAUGGUUAAGUGAGAAGAACGAGGCCAAUAUACCCAAUUUUGUUUGUUUUUCUAGACGCUAGCGGCUGGAGCAACCUCUCCGUGCUGGCCAGGUAUACCUGCCAUGGUCUGUCGAUUUUUGAGAAUAGAGCCUUGCCUCUGCAAUUGCAAACGGAAAGAUUUGUGAGAAAAAUCAUGGUGGAACUCAAUGUUCCCCCCCAAAGUUGUAGUCGCUUUCAACCUGCCGUAAUGGCAAGUCAUUGAUAGCCGCCGUUGUCGGCUUAGGCUGGGACUCCUCUUGGCUGGUGAGCUGGACUUAAAUCUUGAAUUCUGGCAACAGGAUCCCGGUUCAACCAGAACACCAACAUGUAUAAAAGAUCAGAUCCUUUGCUUGGACAUCUUUCUCAUAUGAGCUUCCAACCUCCACCCGAGUGCUCGAUCACGAAUCUCUAUUUGCGACAUGGUUGACAUCGAGUGCAGCUGCAUGCAGAAUGUGGCCCAGUUCUUAUUCUAGGGACCCGAACAUUCAGAACCCCACUUUUGGCGGCAACGACCGGCCG